CCGACCCCCCUCCAGCCCCCACCGACCUUCGACGUCCGGGACGGCGUGGGGAGCCUCGACGUCACCUUCGACUACAUCGACCCCGAAAACAUCCCGACCUUUGACGUGGUGGACCCCAGCGCCUGCCCCGAGGCCUGCACCCGCAUUUUCCUGCCCGUGUGUGGCACGGACGGGGUCACGUACAACAACAAGUGCCUCUUGGACAUCGCCGCUUGCAGGACCCGGCUGGAGAGCAGCCCCGUGCACCUCGCCUUCGAAGGCUCUUGUGAAACGCUGGAAUCCGUGGUGUCCGGCGCCAUCGGCAACGUUGAGCUCGGCCGCCCGGCGGAGCCUGCAGCACCCACUUCUUGCCCCGAAAACUGCAACAAGAAGUUCGCGCCCGUGUGCGGCUCGGACGGAAGGACCUACAACAACGAGUGCAUCCUCAACGUCGCCAUUUGCAACGAACAGCAGCGGGGAGUGGCGCUGGCCAAGGCUCAUGACGGCGCCUGCGCCCCGCCCCCCACCGUCGCCCCCGAGGGACCCGCGCCUUUGCCAGUGGUCAGGGACGAGGCCACGGCUGCCCCAGCGGCGUCCUCUUGCCCCGAGAACUGCAACAGGAAGUUCGCGCCCGUGUGCGGCAGCGACGGAGAGACCUACAACAACGAGUGCAUCCUCAACGUCGCCAUUUGCCAGGCGCAGCAGAGGGGGGUGAAGGUGGCCAAGGCCUACGACGGCGCCUGCGGUGAGUACUCCGCCAAAGCCGCCGCGAUGACCGAGUGUGGAGGGUGCUCCUACUCCGAGACCGAUUUCCUGCGCGAGGUAGCAACUAGCCAGGAACAAAUGCUGGAAAUGUGCUUCCGCCACGGCCUCCUCCGUCGGGAGAGAGCCUGCGGCAAGUUUGGGCAGCCAGUACACCCAGACUUGAAGAAGAAAAGGAUCAGGUGUGAUACGGCCGUGGCGGUCAAUCAGGGUGAUUUUCUAUAUUACAUCCGCUGCUCCGACAUUGUCGCACCUGUUAUCGGGGCCAAACGUCAAAGGUCAUAUAGCACUAUGUCUCAAUACCCAAUAUUCUCAUGGCUAAAGCCAACACAAAAUAAACACCUUGAAGGAAGAGGCACCCGAAUUAGCAAGAGAAUCCUAAAAACACCCAUAAUGCACUACUUUCAAGUACUUCCUACAUCUUCCCCUCCCCUUCCUUCCCUCGCAGCCCCCCCCCCACCCCCUCCCUCGGCGUCGGGAGCGGGGCCUCUGCUCGACGCCUUCGGCUCGAGAGGCGACGGAGGAGAGCCGCCCGCGGGGACGGCGCCCACGUGCCCCGAGAACUGCAACAGGAAGUUCGCGCCCGUGUGCGGCAGCGACGGAGAGACCUACAACAACGAGUGCAUCCUCAACGUCGCCAUUUGCCAGGCGCAGGCGAGGGGCGUGGCUAUGCAGAAGGCCUAUGAUGGCCAGUGCGCCGCCCCACCCUCCACCCGCACCCGCCCUGAGCAACAGCAGGAGGACUAUGGAACCUCCACCUCCCAAGAGGACGCCCCCGACUGCCCCGAGGUGUGCGAGGAGGUCUUCGCCCCCGUCUGCGGCACCGACUCCGUCACCUACGACAACCUGUGUUCCCUGAAGCAGUCCUCGUGCCUGGCGAGGGCGGCCGGAGGAGGCCCGCCGCCCGUGACGAGGGCCUUCGAAGGGCCGUGCGUGGCCGCCCUGCCCCGCGGCCCCGUCUGCGAGGAGGAGUGCGUCCGAACGUUCGUCCCGGUCUGCGGCAGCGACGGAGAGACUUACAACAACAUCUGUCUCUUGAAGCUGGCCGACUGUCUCAAUCCCUUCGUUACGAUUUCUCUUGUUAAGGAAGGGGCUUGUUCAGACGCAGACGAAGACUCAUCCGCAGAUUCGGACGAGUUCGUGGGUCUUCUGUCGGACACCUUCCCUGACCCCGGCGCUCCUCCAGGCUCCUCCUCUGACCUGACCUCGUCUGACCUUGCGCCCCACGGUGGUUACUUACCCCCGGUGUGAUUCGUUCUUUUGCGUUAAUAUAGGGUGAUAGUGAGAGGAAGAGAUAAGGAGAAAAAUAUAUCGGCGUAUAGAGUUAAAUGCGAUGAUGAUUGUGGAAAGAGAAUAUCGAAAAACUGUGAUUGAUUGAUGACUGUAGAUUUAUGUAUGGUCUUAGUAAAAUUUUUAGUAUAA